GAGAGGAACAAAGCAUCUAUCGUUAUCAUCCUUACCUGCUCUUUAUAGAGUCAGUAAGGUGGGUUAAACGUUAAGACAGCAACAAUUAGAUUAAAAGAGUGGGGAGAAAAGAGAAGAAGGAGGGUUUGAGAGAUGAACUUCAGGAUGAUGCUUUUGCUCCUUAUAACCCAUGUUUCAGUGUCACUUGCUGUAGAGUGUGACCUCACCAAAGUGCCCAUUAUUGGAGGCAACUACACUGUGAGCAAUGGAGGAAAUGUCGGCAGUAAAGUAGACUACCAGUGUCCAAAAUGGAAAUACCCACACCCAAAAUACACCCGUGAGUGUCUGUACAAUGGGCUCUGGACGGAUCAGAAGAUAAAGGCUGUCUGUAAAGAUGUUCGCUGUCCCAAGCCAGUUGAAUUCGAAGGUGGAGAUUACGAACCAUGGCAAAAUUUUUACACCGUGGGAGAUACGUUGAACUUUGAAUGUUAUACAGGCUUUGAAACGAAGGGAUCACAAAACCGCACUUGCCAGGAAAAUGCGAAAUGGAGUGGAGAGACGACUAUUUGUGAAGAUUACAAUAGCUAUUGUCCUAACCCAGGGACACCUAUUGGGGCCAGCAAAUCAGGAACUUCUUACAAGAUGGAGGGCAAAGUGUCUUACACCUGCCAGCAAGGUCUGAUUAUGUUUGGAUCCAAUGAAAGAAAGUGUUUAGAGGACAAGACUUGGUCAGGAACUGAACCUUCAUGCAGGCAGUGGUAUACAUAUGACAAUCCAAAGGAGGUGGCCAAAAGUUUUUCUUCCUCCAUGUUAGAAAAUGUGGACACCACAAAUCUGGAAGACAGAAGUGAUCGAAGUGUGCAGAUAUUAAAGGAUGGUUUAAUGAACAUCUUCAUUGUCCUGGAUACUUCCAAAAGUGUUGGGGAAGAGAAAUUUGAAGAGGCCAAAGAAGCCAGUAAACUAUUCAUUGAAAAGAUGGCUGAUUAUGAUAUAAAGCCUCGGUAUUGCAUUAUCUCAUAUGCUUCUGUAGCAAUCGCAGUGGUUUCUCUCAGAGAUCCAGAUAGUAAUGACGCUGAAGCUGUGACAAAACAUCUGGAAGAUUUUCAGUAUAAUAAUCAUGCAGAUAAGCAAGGAACCAACACACGUGCUGCUCUACACUCCAUUUAUGAGCAUCUAAUUGAGCAGGAGCUGGCAUACGAGAAAGAAGGCAAAAAAGCAGAUUUUAUGAAGAUCCACAAUGUUAUUCUACUCAUGACAGAUGGAAAGUUUAAUAUGGGAGGUGACCCUCGAGAAGAAAUGAAAUUGAUCAUUCGGUUCUUAGACAUUGGAAUAAGGACGGAAAACCCACGAUUAGAAUAUUUGGAUGUUUAUGUCUUUGGCCUGGGUUCAGACAUUGAUCAACCUGAGAUCAAUGAACUUGCAUCCAAGAAAGACAAAGAAGUUCACACCUUCCACCUGGAGAACGUAAAUAAAAUGAAGGAAUUCUUCGAACUGAUGUUGGAUGAAUCAGAUGUCCUGGAUACCUGUGGUCUGUCAAAAUAUCAUUCAGUGGAGGUAGAUGAGAAGCUAAGGUCAUUGGUGAUGUUUCCCUGGAUUGCUAAAAUAACUAUUACUUCCAGCGGCGUACAAUACUGUAAAGGAACGAUCCUGUCUCCAUAUUUCAUCUUGACAGCUGCUCACUGCUUCCACCUGGAUGAUAAAAAUCAAAAAAUACAAGUUAUAGUUGAUGGAAAGGAUUACCCUGUAAAAAAUUUCUACAGACACCCUAAAUAUGACCCAAUAUCCAAGGUAGACAAAGGCAUCAAAAGAGCGUUUGAUUAUGAUAUCGCCCUGCUUGAACUGACUAAGAAGAUUGAAUUCUCCGCCACUGCCAGACCUAUCUGUCUUCCAUGUACCAUGGGCACAGCUCAGGUAUUGAAGCAACCAGGGGCACCCUGCAGUAGUCAUGAGAAAGCUUUAUUGUCUGAAGAGGAGGUCAAAGCUGUCUUCAUAGCAGAGGAAAAAAGUGAUCUAAUGGAAGAGAUGAAUGUGCUAAUAAAGAGAGGAAGUAAGAGACAUGCUUGCCUAGACGCUGCUAAAAAGACACCAGAACUGAAGGAUGUGACAAAUAUUGAGGAUGCGGUUUCAGACCAGUUUCUCUGUACUGGGGGAUUGAUACCAGUGGUGGACCCACCAGUGUGUAAAGGGGAUUCAGGAGGUCCACUACUCGUUCAAGUUAAAAGGAGAUAUGUUCAGGUUGGCAUUAUAAGCUGGGGAACUGUGGAUCACUGUGAAAAAGGUAAAAGAGUAAAACAAACUAAAAGCAACGCCCGGGACUUUUACCAGGACAUUUUCAAAGUCAUGCCUUGGAUAAAGAAAACAUUGGAGGACAGCAAUGAAUCUCUCACUUUCCUUCCCAACUAAAUGAAACAAAUGGCAGCCUUUUGGGUACAGUAGGCAGCACUGUCAGACAAACAAUAAAUGUGAAUCACU